CGAAAGUGACGUUUUCCCACAACAAAAAUGUUUCGAAGAAAAAUGGCUUCCGGUUGUCAGAGCCAUUUCGAAAACUGUGGUAGGAGAUACAAUUAGUAGAUCUAACCUCUUUUUACGUUUGUAGUCAAAGUCGACGGCUAAAAAAUGACAAACUCCAAGGGUUAUCGUCGUGGUACAAGAGACAUGUUCUCUCGUCCAUACAAGAAGCGAGGUGUUAUCCCACUUUCCACAUACAUGAAAGUGUACAAAACUGGGGAUAUCGUAGACAUUAAGGGUAACGGUGCCGUGCAAAAGGGUAUGCCAUACAAAGCAUAUCACGGAAAGACCGGCCGUGUAUACAACGUUACACCCCAUGCCGUUGGAAUCAUUGUCAACAAGCGUGUCCGCGGAAAGAUUUUGCCAAAACGUAUCAACGUUCGCAUCGAACACGUACAACACUCGAAGUGCCGUGAAGACUUUUUGCGACGUGUCAAGGAAAACGAGCGCAAAUUGAAAGAUGCCAAGGAAAAGGGAAAAUGGGUGUCGUUGAGACGUCAACCGAAACAACCUCGUCAGGCUGUUGUAAUUAAAAAUCCACCAGUACCAGUUGCAUUGGCUCCAAUUCCAUAUGAAUUCAUUGCAUAAGGCUUGUGUAUUUUAAGUGAAAGGCAAAUAAAGGAAGAAAAAAAAACAAACAACCCAG